GGAUGGAUAUCAAAGCUCUGAUGGACAAACAUUAUGUUCCAAAGUCGAAUCUCCUGCUGAAAAUGCUCCAGCUGGUGCUACACAGACUGCCACUGCUUUUAUUGGAGCAAGUAUGAUAAUUUCUGCUUCCUCAUCUGCUCUUUCCUUUACUUCGGUCAACUCAAUUUUCUGUAUGAUGAAUAGCCUGCAACUUGCAAUUCUUUUGCCACUCGUUCCAGAGUAUUUUUCACUCAAAGUUUUAGAUUUCUUGAAUGGAAUGGGCUUUGCAAUGCUUUCAUUGGAUUUUAUUCAUCUCAAAGAUAUUCCUUUUAUUAAAACUAUCACAAACUGGGUCAGAUAUCCACAGACCGAUGAAUACUUGGAAGAUAUAGGGAUGAGCUCAGGAAGUUCUCUUGUGAACUAUUUUUCCCUUAUAUCCUUCACUAUUUUGCUCGUAAUAUGACAUAUCUGAGUUUAUCUAUUUACAAAAUGAGCAAGGAAAUCUGAACGCGAGAAAUGCAAGAAGUUCUUCAAUAAACUGUUUGAAUUCUUUACCUUCAACAUCUACAUUCGGACCUUCAUCCAGGCGUUUAUGUUCACAAUACUCUGCACUUUUUCCGAAAUGUACUCGUUAAACCUGAAGACAACAACGGUGAAAAUCUCGUUCGGAUUCUGCAUAGCUACCGCUAUGAUUUGACUUUGCUUGCUGAUCCUAUCACUGUACAUGUAUAAAAAAUCGUUUCCAAAAAUAGACAGUGAGAAAUACUGGGCUUGAAAGGAGUUCUUCAAUGGAGUUAAAGAUGGCAAAUACUCUAAACUCUACACGACUAUCUUUUUGAUGCUCAGAGUUAUGCUAGUUGCUCUUGUUAUUUUUGGGAAAACUAUUCCAUCAUUCUACAAGGCGACAGCAUUUUACUUAAUAAACAUUGCUUAUGGAGGGUAUCUCCUGGUUGUCAGGCCAUAUGAUAACCCUCAAGAUAAUAUCGUUGAAUGCGUUAACCAGGUCUUAUUCUGCUUUCUUGCUGUUCCAUUAUCUUGGUUACAAACAAAGUCAAGGUGGACUUCAUUUUAUGAAGGUCUCUACAUCAAAAUUUUUAUGGCUUCCCCAAUUAUAGGAAGCAUUGUUUGAUUCAUAUUUUUAAUCAAAUCAAUCAUUUCUCGCAUUCAAAAACUUAAAUCUACUACGAAAGUUCAAAAUUUACCUUUUCCCAACAUAAUGAGAGAGAACCCAAGAAGAUUCCAUAUUCAUGAGGAAAGCAAAAUAAGCAAUAUAACACCCACCUUAGUUCGAAAAUAUUCAUCAAACCUCAGCCUGCAUCUCUCCGAAAUCCACACCCCCGCCCCGAACCCGAACUUGCAGUACAUUGCCAAAUUACAGCAAUAGAAUAUCAACUGG